AUGGGAAGAGACCCAAAGCAAUACGUGUUUGCGCUUGGCGCCCUCAGCCUUUUCCAACAAACCCUACAGAAGCUCGCUUGUUGCGAGCAACUUGUUGCCAUGGCGGCCGCAAAGAUGACCAAGAACCAGAUGAGGAGGGCCAAAAAGAAAGAGCAGAAAAAGGUGCAGGCAGAGGUGCGUCGCAUCGUUGCGUCCCUUACCGCUCGAGAUUGCAUCAACUCACCUAGUAAACAGAACGAAACCAAGCCAGAGGAAGCCACCGAACAAUCUGAACCAGAGGUGGAAAGGCAAGAGAAACCGCAAGAAACCGCCAAAAAAGAAACUGCUGUCGACGUCGAAGUGGACUCUCUAGAUGCAUACGACGACCCUGCAUUUGCUGUCUACAAAGAAAUAUUCGCCAAAUUUAACGCCAAUACUGGAGACGAUGCCUCCAAGAACGAGACAAAGGAGCAAAAGGGCACAGUAUUGUACAACGACGAUGACGAUAUCCCCGACGAGGACCAACAACCGAAAUUGUCAAAGAAGAAGCUUAAGGAGCUCAACAAGCUUUCCGUGGCACAGCUCAAGGCUCUCGCCACCAUUCCGGAAGUAGUCGAGUGGCAAGACGUUUCCUCCACCGACCCUCGAGUUCUAGUCCAAAUUAAAUCACAGCGCAACGUCGUACCCGUACCAGCGCACUGGUCCCUCAAGCGCGAGUACCUAUCGUCGAAGCGAGGCAUUGAGAAGUCGGCUUUCCGCCUACCGCAAUUCAUAGCAGAGACUGGCAUCGCCGAGAUGCGAGACGCUGUCCUGGAGAAACAGGCCGAGCAGACGCUGAAACAAAAGCAGCGAGAACGCGUCGCGCCAAAAAUGGGCAGGCUUGAUAUCGACUACCAAAAACUCUACGAUGCUUUUUUCCGCUUCCAGACCAAGCCCGAGCUGAGCCGUUUCGGCGAGGUUUACUACGAGGGCAAAGAAUCAGAAGUUGAUUACCAGCACUUCCGCCCCGGCGAUCUGACUGAGGCUACCAAAGAAGCUCUUGGCAUGCCACCCGGCGCUCCUCCUCCAUGGCUGAUCAACCAGCAAAGAUUCGGCCCGCCACCUUCAUAUCCUACACUCAAGAUCCCAGGUCUCAAUGCGCCGCCGCCGCCCGGCGGUGCUUGGGGCUUCCACCCCGGCGGCUGGGGCAAGCCUCCAGUUGAUGAAUCCAAUCGUCCCCUCUAUGGUGGAGAUGUCUUCGGAAUCACUGGCCACCAUGGUGCCCAAGUACAACUAGGGCAACAGCAAGAGCAGACCGGAGUGCCGGUUGAGCGCACCUUAUGGGGUGAACUCCAACCUCGCGCCGAGGAAUCUGAAGAAGAGGAAGAAUCCGAAGAUGACGACGACGAGGAAGAAGAGGGCGGCGACAAGGAAGGAAAAGAGGCUAGUGGUCUCGAGACGCCGAGCGGCUAUGCCAGCACCCUCCAUGGUGAUUACCCGCCCCAGGGCAACGAAACCUCAAUUGCCGGAGAUAUGGAUCUCCGCAAGGAACGCCGCGGUUACGACACAGAGGAAUCCUCUGCGCCACGGUCUGCCUAUACUAUUGUUCCUGAGCGCCAAGUGCGUGCUGAAGGUUUCUUUGGUAGUGACCGCGCCUAUGAUAUUGCAGCGGCGCAGCGCGCGGGCAUGCCUGUCCUGGGCACCGAGGAUGACUCGCGCAAGCGCAAGAAGCCCGGUGAUGUUGAUGUGGCUGUGGACGUUGACGCGCUCAAUGACAACGGCGGCCUGAACAGGGACGACCUGCGUCAGCGCUUCGAAGCGGGCACCCGCGACGAGGGCAUCGGCGCGCAGUGGACUGGUCAAGACGAUGAUUUGGCGGAUAUGAUUGCCGAGGAGGGACGCAAGAGGCAGCGGCUGGACAGGGAACGCACGGAGAAGAAAAAGGACGGGAGAAGACACUAA